AUGUCGUAUACCUCAUGCGUCAGACUGACUGCUGCAGUACUUGUCUUCCUGAAUCUUCAUUCCUUGCUGGGCGGUCCGUGUUUUGGAGUCGUGGGGCAGAAGAGGUUGCGGAAGUUGCAGGAGCAAGCAGGGCUCGUGGUGCAUUCUCCUGCAGCUGUCCGUCGCCAAGUUCCUUUGAGCUCAAGCGGUAAGGCACUGCUGAGGAGAAUCACGGCUGCGCAAACGUGGGAGGUGGUGGAGCAGUUGGUCCAGAAGUACACGGGGAAUGAAAUCCAAAUCUUCAAUGCAGCCAUGCAAAAAGCACUCAGCUUGGGACGUUACAGGCAAGGUGCUACAAUCUACAACCGGCUUUGCAAUUCAAACGUCACGAAGCAUCCAGCUACAUAUACAGCGGCGAUAACUCUUCAUUCGCGUUUGGGGUAUGCAGAAGCCGUUCAGGACAUAUGGAAGGAAGGUUUGCGUACACAUGGAAUGGAUACAGUGCUGGCCUCAGCACGGAUACGCGCUGCAGCUCGUGAAGGAGACAUUGAAACCGCUGUCCGAAUCCUGGAUGAAAUGAACGAGACGGGCAUUGAAAUCAAUGUUGUGCAUGUGUCAUCAGCACUCCGUGCCUGUUGGACUGCAGAAGGACCCCGUCAUAACGCUGCAAAAUAUCUUUUCUAUACGGUCUUACCAAGACUCUGCUUACAACCAAACAGAAUCACUUUCAACAACUUGCUGGGAGCCUUGGACACAGGCCCAUUGAGCGACAUUGUCUCUGCUUACAGCGACAUGAAGGCACUGAAUGUCACCCCUGAUGCAGUGACCGCUGAGACGUUCUUGCUGGCACUGUUCCGCAAGCCUAAGCAACAGAGAUGGACCAACCCUGAAAUCACGGCUCGCCACUUGCGCAAUGAAGAUGGGGCCCGUUUGAGUGCCGCAAGGUCUGCACUCCGCGACUUCAAAGCCAGUCAUGUCGAACUGUCAGAGCUCACCCGUCACAUUGAUGAUGCACUCAAGUUGCUUGCUGCAGAAAGGGUGUAA